UCCCUGGGCACCGCAUUGAAAAUGGUGUCAUAACCGCCACGACAAAUAUACCACCACCACCGUGAUGUCCUACACGAAAGUCCCUCUGAUGGCAGAGCACAAUCCCACAUUCCAUUGUCCAUACUCCACAUUCCACACUCCGCAUUCCACACCACCUUUCUCUUUCCACGCUGAUCAUUCGCACGCCCUACAUCUGGGUGUCUUAGCCCCCUCCCUCUCUUCCACCCUUGAGGAUGCCCGUUGACGCGUCGUAACACGACAGGCGCGGAUGCGAGGCCUCGCUUCCAGAUGCAUUUGCAUGCAGUUGACUAAACCAAACUUCGCACCAGAUCUACCGCCGCAUCUCGCCAUUCAACGAGAUUCUCCGCAGCUAGUGGCUAGCUCUGGGGAUCGGCAUGCGAGAAUACGUAGUCUUGACUAUUUGACACAGACACACACCUUGGUUUUUGUUUGUUUGUUGAGGCACCAUUAUUUUUCUACUGGUGUAUUUGGAGGCGGGGGGUCUGUGCGAGACGAGCCACGACGCAACCAGACGAGAUGAGACGAGACGAGGCGAGGAUAUGUAUCGCAUUUGAGCAAUGUUCGCCUCCACCCAGGCUUGGCAUGCUGCCUGCUUUUGUCUUUGCCCAAUCUCAUCAUGUACG